GAGCUUUCAAAUGCAUUACAGUGGCAACAUUCAAAGCAUGUGCACUUUCGGUCAGGGCGAAUCCAGGAACACUGAGGAGGUCAGCUUCAAUGUCCAAGACUUACAGAACUGUUGCUUUUAGAGAUUUGUUGUCACUACAGAAGGUUAUUAGUAAAAGACUGAAAUAGGCUUUCGGCCUCUUAUCCUAAAAUUAGAAGUCAGAAGACUGGCUAUGACCUAAGGCGCAAAGCAUAUUUUGAACGUUACUUAUAGAUGGUGUUUUUUCAUCGUAUCGAUAAUUCAUCCCCGUUCACCACCUCGUAUAGAUGCUAUCCAGUUUCUUUUUUAGCUGAUAAUUCGCGUUUGAGCGUGGAAAAAGGUGGGAAAAUUAUCAUGCCUCCAUCUGCUUUAGAUGUUCUAACGCGCCUAAAUGUCCAGUACCCAAUGCUGUUCAAGUUAACUAACCAAAAGGCAAAUCGAACCACUCAUUGUGGUGUACUGGAAUUUGUUGCAGAUGAAGGAAGGAUUUAUGUGCCCUACUGGAUGCUUAAAAAUUUGCACUUGGAAGAGGGUGGUCUAGUUUCUGUGGUGAACGCAGCCUUGCCCAUAGCCUCUUUCGCUCGCUUCCAGCCUCAAAGUACUGAUUUUCUGGAUAUAUCAAACCCCAAAGCUGUGCUGGAAAAUUCCCUCCGCGACUUUGCUUGUCUUACUGUUGGAGAUAUCAUUGCUAUCAGCUAUAAUGAACGUACGUACGAGCUUAAGGUAUUGGAAACCCAGCCGAAAAAUGCAGUCAGCAUAAUCGAGUGUGAUAUGAGUGUUGACUUCGCACCUCCGGUUGGAUAUCAGUCUAUUGAUUCUGAUUCUUCAAACAAACAAAGUGAUAAAGAUCUGCAUAAGAUUGAAGAAGAUCAUAUAGAAAUCCCUUCGUUUGCUCAAGGCUUUCAGGCAUUUAGCGGUACGGGUUAUCGGUUAGAUGGGAAAAAUAAACAAGAUAAAACUAAUAAAACGGGUGAUGACAAACCAUUAGGACAGUCGAAACAAAGAGAAAGAGGUGUACCAAACUACAAUUACCAACCCGGAAGUUUAACAUUUUUCCGCAAUUCAAAGCAAAGUUCUUCAGAGAAAACAGAAGAACCUACUUUCGAACCUUUUAGUGGUACAGGUCAUCAAUUGAAAUUACACAAGAAAUAAAGAAUAGCGUAAUAUCCUCCAUACUAACUUGUUUUUCUGUUACACAGUCAAAAAAAUGACAUUUUGUCAAUUUUUUUAAGUUUUAUUCUGUCAAAAACUCCUAUGACUUCAUUGUCACUUUUUUUGUUGUUGAUAUCACCUGAAUCACAAAUUUGAUAUGUUGAUAAUUUUUCUCUAAUAUUCUCGCAUCCCAUGUAUUAUGGAAUAUCAUCUUUUAUAAAAGAAUUUGCUUUUUUCAAAAAGUCCAAUAAAAAUUUAUGAUAUCCA